AGCAGCAGCAGAGCCGGGCCACAGUCUGACCGGGACACGGAGGAGCUGCUGACAGGUGAGAUGACAGCGACCCUUCUGCCGCUGCUGCCGCUGCUGCUGCUCCGCUUCUGCGGCGGAGAGGCGCAGCCCCGACCCGCCGCCGCGCCUGCUGCUGCCGCUGCUGCGGUCAGAGAGUAUUAUAUAGCCGCUGUGGAGAUCGGCUGGGACUAUCUGUACCUGGACGAUGGUGAGCCUGCAGGGUCCGACCAAAGAAAACUUAGAGAUAUUCCCCAAAAAUACAUCAAGGCGAUUUACAGGGAGUACACAGACUCCACGUACACGGUCCCCAAGGCGAGGCCAGCGUGGACAGGUAUUCAGGGCCCGGUGAUCGUGGCCCAGGCCGGCGACAGGGUGGUGGUCCACUUCAAGAACCUGGCCUCUCAGCCCUACAGCAUCAGUCCUGUGGGCAUCACUUACUGGAAACAGUCUGAAGGCGCCGGGUACGAUGACUCCACAGCGGGCCAGGAGAAGGAGGAUGACGCCGUCUUUCCUGGAGGUUAUUAUGAGUACGUGUGGGACAUCAGCCCCAAAGACGGCCCCACCGCCAGCGACCCCGAGUGCCUCACCUACUCCUACUCGUCCCAGGUGGACACAGUCCGAGAUGCGAACUCGGGACUCAUCGGUGCCCUACUCAUCUGCAAAUCAAGUGCCUUCACGGAUGACGGCCAGAGGAAAAAUCCAGCGUUCGUCCUGCUGUUCGCGGUGUUCGAUGAGACCAAGAGCUGGUAUGGAGAGGUCGGAGAGAGACGGAGCCGAGAGAAGUUCAGGAGGAGCAACAGCAGGAAGGAAUACCACACCAUCAAUGGAUAUGUCAACUCCACGUUACCCGGUUUGAAAAUGUGUCAGAGUCGUAAUCGUGUGUUUUGGCAUAUGAUCGGGAUGGGCACAGCUCCAGAAAUCCACUCCAUUCAGUUCCAGGCUCACUCUCUGGAGGUGCUGACGCAUCGUAAAGUCACCAUGGAGGUGACGCCAAUGACGUUCAUCACUGCAGAAAUGAAGCCUGUUAGUGCCGGCCGCUUCCUCAUCAGCUGUCAGAUAUUCGCUCACCGCCACGAUGGCAUGAACGCCUUGUUCGUGGUGGAGAAUUGCCCCGAUCCCGUCGUUCUGCCGGGACUCGGCAUGCGCAACGUCAAACACGAGGAGGACGUGGAGGAAAGUGACGACUACCUUGACGAAGACGGUGACUCUUUGUUCAACACCAUAAGCUUCCAGCCUAAGAGGCCACAGUUUCAAGCCAGAGCCAGUCGAGGACAGCGGGAUAACACCUGGGAGCACUUCAUCGCCAUCGAAGAGGUCACCUGGGACUACGCUCAUAAACUCAAACCCACUGACAGUGCGCUGCAGUCGGCGUAUUUGCCUGCAGCUCCCCAUCACCUGGGCUACAGGUAUAAGAAGGUGCAGUAUGUGGAAUACACAGACGUGUCUUUCACUCAGAGGAAGAAGAACCCUUUCUCUCAGAAGGAGAACCCCGAAGAAGAGCUGCUGGGCCCGCUUCUGAAAGGGAAAAUCAACGAUGAGAUCCACAUCACUUUGAGGAACCUGGCCAGUCGCCCUUUCAACAUCUACCCCACUGGCCUUACCAGGAUCUUUCCGCGGCACAGAUCCACAAAUGCUGCAGAGAGGGACUUGCGCUCCAUGGGAGUGCCCCCCAACAGGACGUUCACCUACGUUUGGAAACUAACACCAGACGAUGGGCCCUUGGAUGGAGACCCCCAGUGUCUGACCCAGUUGUACCAGAGCACCGUCUCCCCGGAGAAAGACUUGGCUUCCGGGCUGGUCGGCGCCCUUCUCAUCUGCAAAAAUGAGGCCAUCGACACCAGAGGACGCCUGGUUGGCCCAGAUAAAGAGUGGCCCUUGAUAUUUGCUGUGUUUGAUGAGAACAUUAGUUGGUACAUCGACGACAACUUGGAGAAAUCCAGCAAAGACUCCCCGAACACCACAGAUCCUGAAUUCUACAACUCCAAUGUCAUUUACAGUGUGAAUGGCCACAUGUUCAGCGGGCGACAGUUUGUGAUAUGCAAAACCGAAGUCACCUUCUGGCACGUGGCGAACGUGGGCACCCAGAGCGACUUCCUCUCCGUUUACUUCACGGGAAACCUCUUUCAGUAUCAAGGCCUGUACCAGUCUGUCCUCACCCUGUUCCCCAUGACCGGCAUGACCAUCUCCAUGGAAUCUGAGGUGAUAGGUGAGUGGGAGAUCAGUGCCUUCGAUGGCAGCCUGAAGAGCCGGGGGAUGAGCAUCAUUUACACCGUACUUCCUUGCGACAAUGGAGACCUCCCACUGGUUGAUCGCAAUGAGAUGGAUGAGGACCUUACUCAAUACAUGGAUAAGUUAGGGCCGAGGGGAAGAAGACCUCAGAAUCGCACAGUGUCGGUUCGAGAGUGCAAAAGACCUCUCGCUGGCAACAACACUGGCAACAUAUCCGGCCAAAACGUCACCGAUGCUAACACAGAGGGGACCGCGGCUGAAGGACAGCCAGGAUGCCAGGAUGGAGGAGACGGGUCGGAGGGAGAAAUCCCAGAGCACAUCUUGGAGGAGCUACUGAAAGAUGGAGAUUGGAUGGAUUCUCAGAAUGGGACUGAAGCUGGAGGAGAGGGAGGUGUGAGACAGAGAAGACAGGCAGAGGGCAAUGGGACAGACAUGUUGAUCAGUUCUGGAGCCUCGGAGGAUGGAUGGAUGGAGAUAGAGAUUGGAGAGAGGGAUGCAGAAAAUGGGACAGACACUGCUGCAGAGGUUAAAUCAGAAGAAGUUAGCGAAAUAUCAAAUGUAAAUAAUGGAGGAACUGAAAUAGAGAUUGAAGACAAGGCUUCAAAAAAUAGCACUGACAGCAAUGCUGAGGUAAAAUCUGAGGAAAUGAGUGGAACAUCAAGUGUAAAUAAUGAAGAAAUAGGAAGAGAGAUUAGAGAUCAGGAUGUAGAAAAUAAGACCAAUACUUUCGAAGAGGUCAAAUCUGAGGAGAGGGGUGGAGUAUCAGGCGUAAACAAUGAGACCAAAGGAGAGCUGGCAGAGAGCAACGAGAUCUUACUGAACAGCAAUCCAGCGACGAAGAAGGUUUCAACCUCCGGACAAACUACAUCGGAGGAGAUGGAUCAAAACUACAUUCAGUCCAAACCUGAGCGACUUGAAGUGGAUCCACCGAACCAGAGAGUCAACUACACCGUUGAUAACAGCAGAAGCGCAGGGAUUGGUCUCUCCCUUGAUUAUGAUGACUACAGCGACGAGGUGAACAGCACAUCGGGUACAUUCAGCACGGACUACAUGGACCUGCGCUCCGGAGAGGUCCGGUUUCGACACUACUACAUCGCUGCAGAGGAGGUCACCUGGGACUACGGCAUCAGAAAACCGCAUCAGCUCCUCAAUCCCAGGGAGGUGCGUCGCGGGAUGAGGAAGUUCCUGCCGGCGUAUAAGAAGGUGGUGUUUCGAGCCUACAGGGACGAAAACUUCAGAGAUCCUGUAGACAGAGGAGAGCUCCAGGAACACCUGGGGAUUAUGGGACCUUUCAUCAGAACAGAGAUUAAUAAUCUCCUCACUGUGAUCUUUAAGAACAAGGCGUCCAGGCCUUACUCUUUUCACCUUCAGGGAGUGUAUGAUCGCACCCAGGGGGCCGGCAUGGCCCAAACCAGCCGCCCCCCUGCACCACUCGGGAUACCAGGAGAGCCUUUGGCUCCCGGAGAGACUCGCACGUAUAACUGGAAGAUAACCAAGAAACAAGGACCAGCCGACAGUGAAUUUGACUGCAAGACUUGGGCUUACUACUCCACUGUUGACAAGGAGAGGGACCUUCAUUCAGGUCUGAUCGGUCCAUUGGUGAUCUGUAAGCCCGGCACGCUGCUGACUCGUCAGUACACGCAGCCGGACGUCCAGGACUUCUCCCUCCUCUUCCACACCUUCGAUGAGACUAAAAGCUGGUACAUGGAGGAGAACCUGGAGCAGUACUGUGCUCCACCCUGUCAGGCCAACACUGAGGACCCCUGGUACCACACUAGCAACAAGUUUGCAGCAAUAAAUGGUUAUGUGGCAGAGACACUUCCCGGUCUGACGGUCGCCCAGCACCAGCAAGUCAGGUGGCACCUGCUGAAUGUAGGGAGUGACGAAGAGUACCACGCUGUACACUUCCAUGGUCUGCCUUUCACCAUUCACACUAAAGAGACACAUCGUAUGGGGGUCUACAGCCUCUUCCCUGGAGUGUUUGGCACAGUGGAGAUGAGACCCCCGACAGUUGGCACGUGGCUGGUGGAGUGCACUAUAGGGGACUACCAGCUGGCUGGCAUGAGGGCCAAACUGCUAGUCUACAAUCCAAAUUGUGUGUCGCCACUGGGAAUGAAAUCAGGAAGGAUUGAGGAUUCCCAGAUCACGGCCUCAGAUUAUGUCGAUUACUGGCAGCCGCGGCUGGCGAGGCUCGAUCAGUCCGGUUAUAUCAACGCCUGGAUAGGCAGAGACAGUAACUCAUGGAUACAGGUGGACCUUCUGAAGCCCACCCUGCUGCAUGGCGUGCAGACACAGGGAGUCAGCGUGAAGCUGAGGGACAACUACGUCACAUUCUUCACCGUGUCCUACAGCCUGGACCAGGAGACCUGGAGGACCUACAAAGGAAACACAACCAACAAAAUGUUUCGCGGCAACAUGGACAGCUCCAAGGUGAAGAGCAACGCGUUCACUCCGCCGUUUGUGGCUCGCUACGUCAGGAUCCAGCCGCAGUACUUUAAGCAGAGGCCUGCUCUGCGCCUGGAGCUGCUGGGCUGCGACGUCAACAGCUGCUCGCUCCCUCUCGGGCUCCAGAGGAGAACGAUUCCAGACGAAAGCUUGACCGCCUCCUCGUCUUAUUCAUCUCUGCUGAGUAGCUGGAAACCCGACCUCGCCCGCCUCCAUCAGGAAGGCAGAGUCAACGCCUGGAGGCCGAAGAACAACAACCCUCACGAGUGGCUCCAGGUCGACUUGGGGAAAGUGAAGCGCAUCACGGGGGUCGUGACCCAGGGGGCGCGAUCACUGCUGACUCAGAUGAUGGUGACGGAGUUCUCGGUCACCGUCAGCCACGAUAAACACUCCUGGAGCAGUGUGUUGGAGGGAGACUCCCAAAGAGAAAAGAUCUUCACCGGUAACAACGAUUCAGACGAAGAGGCGGUCACUGUUUUUGACCCCCCUCUGUUCGGCCGCUUCCUCCGUAUCCACCCGCUGGGUUGGAUCAACGGCAUCGCCCUGCGCCUGGAGGUCCUCGGCUGCGACACACAGCAGGUGCUCUGACGGACCCGCCGGCGCCUCGUAGCAACAGUCUAGCAGCGAAAAUGUAUCUUGGUUUCAUCCUGCCGAUUGAAGAAAAGUGUUGUUUUGUCAUGUUAUGCUAUUUAUAUAAGAGAAGCUGCUUCUUCUGUGGUCACAACUUUGUUUACAUGUCCAUCUUCUUUUUGACAACGUUCUUCGGCCGUCUCGCGCGGAACAGAAGCGCAUUCGACGUCGUAGAAAAACGUAGCUGCCGCACAGCUUUCUGCUACCCACAGAGCCAACCUUUUGAAUGUGAGCGUGUGUAAAUAUUUCAGCGACAGAUGGAUGUAUAAAGUUUGAAUGGUCGAUGUAUAUUGUUGGAAAAGUUUGUGUUAAUGUAUUUUUCCUGCUUUGUUUAGAGUUUACAUAAAGAAUGAAUCCUGAA